GGACCAAGGACCAAUCCAAGACCUAGAUCCGACCCAUUAUAUCUCCAACUCCAAAUCGUUAAACACACUGUAUAUAUGAGUGACUUAAAUCACUGAGUAGUAGAAUCAGCUAGAGUGUAUCUAGACAUCUAUCCAGAUUGUUCGCAGAUCAUCUACUCAGAUCAAUGGCUGAGGGAGCAACCCCUGUUGUACCGAGUACUGAACUAUUGGAAUGGCCAAAGAAAGAUAAGCGCCGAUUCCUACACGCGGUUUAUCGAGUGGGAGACCUCGACCGUACCAUCAAGUUCUACACAGAAUGUUUUGGGAUGAAGCUGUUGCGGAAAAGGGAUAUCCCAGAAGAGAAAUAUGCCAAUGCUUUUCUUGGGUUUGGACCUGAAGACUCUCAGUUUGUGGUUGAAUUGACUUACAACUAUGGAGUCGACAAGUAUGACAUUGGAACAGGCUUUGGGCAUUUUGCCAUUGCAACUCAAGAUGUUUACAAAUUGGUUGAGCACAUAAAGGCCAAAGGUGGAACUAUCACUCGAGAGCCAGGCCCUGUAAAAGGUGGAUCAACUGUUAUUGCUUUUGCCAAGGACCCAGAUGGCUACCUUUUUGAACUAAUUCAACGCGGUCCCACUCCUGAACCACUCUGUCAAGUGAUGCUCCGUGUGGGUGAUCUCGACCGUUCUAUCAAAUUCUAUGAGAAGGCAUUAGGUAUGAGACUCUUGAAGAAAACUGACAGACCAGAACAGAAGUACACCAUAGCAAUGAUGGGAUAUGCUGAUGAAUAUGAGACAAUUGCUUUGGAACUUACAUACAACUACGGUGUAUCUGAAUAUACCAAAGGAAAUGCAUAUGCACAGGUUAGUUUGAUGCUACAUCGCUUUAUCCACAUUCUACUUUGCGUAAUCAAUUACAUUUUCUCAUUAUGGAUGUUAUCUGUGUUUCAGAUUGCAAUUAGUACUGAUGAUGUAUACAAGAGUGCCGAGGUUGUGAACGUUGUGAUCCAGGAGCUUGGAGGACAGAUAACUCGACAACCAGGACCAAUUCCUGGACUAAACACUAAGAUCACUUCUUUCCUUGAUCCAGAUGGCUGGAAAACUGUAAGUUCACUGGCCAUAUAACACUUCAGAUUAACGAUAUAAAUUCAAAAAGUAGCAUCCCAUAUCCCAUCAAAGUAUUAGUUGAGAAUUGAGAUUAUCGAGAGAUGGGCUUUUACUUGUGCAGGAUCUGUAAAAAGUAAAUGAUGCCUAAGGUAGCACAUGACAUGUAAAAUGUUUACCUCAUUUUUCCUAGAUUUACCAGAGAUUGAGAUUCAUGAUUAUCAAUAACUUCCAAAUCUCCAUAAAUAGCUGUGUUCAGACAAUGUUGCUAGGUCAUGGUUUAAUAAGAGGUCAACAACAUGCGCCGUAAUCUUGCCUUCCUUGAACAUGGUUAAGCUGAGCUGAUUUUAUGAACGAUUUGUAUUCUAUGUAGGUGUUGGUUGACAACGAAGAUUUUCUGAAAGAACUUGAGGCGAAUAAAGAGGCCUAGAAUUAUGUAACCGAAUGUUGUUGUUUAUGUCCUCUGGUUAAAUAAUGUAGUCAGUCACCCAUGAUAUGGGAUUGGCCGUAUUAGUCCUAUGGGCUGUUUCGAACUUCACACUCUUCUGUAUAAUUUCCUCAACUAUAUGCCAGACAGAUCUAUGCAGCUCGGACUUUAUUA